AUGAACCCUCUCCCAGGCAUAGAAUGAAGUAAUGAAUAUGUCACUAGCCUCCCGAGAAUCUGUCCGGUCGACAGGGAACGUGAAGAGCUCACGUUACCGAACGGUCAGCCGGUACAGUGGUGCAGAUGAAACUCUGUUUGGUUCCCCUAAAAAGGGCGCCAACAAGGCCGGUCCUUCCAACCCUGCCCCCAGGAAGGAGGAAGUGUCCGUCAUUACAAAAGAUCUGAUCAGAAAGAUAAAAGUUCCAGCAAAAGAUCCGUCUGAACUGAGUAUUGUUCUGACUAGCGGUGAGUAUGCCCGGAUCAAAGGGGCUGCCAAAGUACUGACUCCCGCGGAGAAAGCAGCACGUGCACAAGCAAUCAAGGCGAUGAAGGAGGAAGCACAGGCUGCAUCUCAGGACAGGAAGAACUACAUGACAGAAAUGGAAGCACAGAGAUUAAAACGAGAGAAACCUUCUGAUCUAGAAAGAGAAGGAAAGGACAAGAGCAGAGUUCUGCUUGCUAAAGCAGAGGAACAGCUCAACGAACAGGAGGACGAGAUCAAGAAACUGAACGAGAUAAUCCUGAAUGCUAAAUGUCACGCAAUCAGAGACGCUCAGUUAGACGAGAAGAAAGAAAUUAAGGACGAGCUAGCUGAAGAGAACAAGCGACUGGACGAGAUGAUGGAGAUUGAGAGACUGAGGGCAUUGCAGCAGUAUGAACAAAGGGAACUAGAUCGCCAGUACAAGCAGGUCGAGGGAGCUAACAUCAUCAAAACACAGAUCAACGACAACGAACAGAGACGAAUCCUGGAGGACGAGAAGCGGGAACAAGAGAAACUUGCUAUGUUGAGAUAUCUUGAGAAACUCCAGAGAGAAGACAUCAACCAGUUGGAGAAGAAGAAGGAGAGCCAAAAGAAGAUCAUGGCAGAUGUCGCCAAGGCAAACGAGGAAAUAAGGAGACAGAAGGAGGAACGAGUCCGACAGGAGAAAUUCCAGGAGACCAAGGUGAUGGAAUAUUUAAAGGAGAAAGAGGCGAGAGAGAUCGCAUACCAGGCUGAGUUGGAGAAGCAAAGAAUUGAGAAGGAGAAAGAGAUCGCUCACAUGAGGGCACUUCAAGAGAGGGCUAAAGAUCAGCAGGCUGAGAAGGAUGCUCUUAGAGCUAAACGUAUCCAGGAAGAGGUUGAGAGAGAUCAGAGGAAGAAAGAUAAGGAGACAGCCGUCAAGAAGGCUCAGACAGAGUCACAGCUGAGGCGUGCACGAGAACAACAGGUACAAAUGCAAGAGCACUUCCUUGCAAUUGAGGCUCAGCGUGAGCGACAGGAAUUCGAACGAGUUCUCGCCGUUCAACAACAAGGACAGAAACAGGAAGAGGUCAAGGACAGUAACGCUCGUUCGAAGCGUCUCCAACAUGCAGAAGAAGUACGAAACCAAAUCAAGGAGAAGGAGUCCGAGCUUAUCCAAGCGAGACAAUGCUUCUUCGAGGAGGGAAUAAAACUUGAUCAGGAAGCACAGGAGCGUAGAAAGCGACUGGAUGAGAUCAAGAAGAAGAAGUUGGAGGAGCUUCAAGGAGCUGGAGUACCGUCCAAAUACGUUAACGAAGUGUCACGUCGUGCCAUGAAACCUCAGACCUCUCUUAUUACCCACUAGAACACGGACUGCUAGAUUUGUGGAGUUCAAUUGUUUCUGUUCAGCUCGGGACUUGGGUGUUUCGAAUAGGUGAUGUGGUUGUAGAUAGACCGGUGUUUUGUGCAAACUUUACGCGCCAAACAAUUUUAUGAGAUGUAUUCACUGUUCGCUAUAAG